AGACAGUGUGAAGCAGAGUUUGCUGUAGCUUCAGAGCUGAGCCUCCCUUUGCACAGCAGACACAUCGAGGACUCCUCAAACAGCAGCUCCCUGUGCCCGGUGACUGCUUCCACCUGCAUCUGUGCAGCAACGGACACAGCAGCAAUGAGCAGCAGUCAGGUGCGUGCUGAGAUGACUCGUGAGGAUGGAUCACGGGAGGAGUUCUCUUAUGACAGGAUGCCGACGCUGGAGCGUGGAAGCCGGCCGGAGAACAGCAGCUAUUCUGUGGAGGUGAAAGCCAGUGACCUGCAGCUCGCAGACAGAUUCCCCUCCUGCUUGAGCUACCGAGCCUGGCUCUUCAGCAUCCUCAUCGGGAGCAGUGUCCUGAUCACGGCUGGCUUCUCUCUCUACCUGGGGAAUGUGUUUCCAGAUGCCAUGGAUUACCUUCGCUGCGCUGCAGGUUCAAGCAUCCCUGUUGCUGUGGUGAGCUUCGCAAUCGCGAGGAAUGGGAGGACUGUGGUCUCCGAUUACCAGGUCAUGUUUGUGUCGGCGUUCGCUGUCACGACAACCUGCCUGGUGUGGUUCGGCUGCAAACUGGUGCUGAACCCAACAGCCAUCAAUAUCAAUUUCAACCUGAUCUUAUUGAUUCUGCUGGAGAUCCUGAUGGCAAGCACUGUGAUCCUCUCUGCCCGCUCCUCUGAGGAGUGCUGCAGCCGCAGGAAGCCUCACGCCUAUGACUCUGGCUUCUUGAACCCCAUCAUCUUCCCCACACGCAUCCUCAAGUCCUACUCUGUGAUUGAAUUGAUAGUGGGGAUCUCGGCUGUGUUCGGUGGGAUCAUCGCCCUCAAUAUGGAUGCUCUGGUCCCGGGACCCUAUCUGUCUGCUACCUUCUUCUGGAUACUAGUGGCUUGUUUCCCAAGUGCCAUUGCCAGCCAUGUAGCAGCAGAGUAUCCCAACAAGUGUCUGGUGGAGGUCCUGAUUGCUAUCGGCAGCGUCACCGCCCCGCUGCUCUUCUCUGCCUCUGGAUACCUGUCAGUCAGCAUCAUGAGCUUCAUUAACAUCUUCCUCCACGAGCUGCCUGCUGCCAAGCAAUCCUACGAUGUGCUGCUGCUAAUCCUGAUGGUGCUGCUGCUGAUACAGGCGUUCCUCACUUUGGCGACUGUGAUCCACUGUGUCACCUACAAGACUGAUCUCCGCCUGGCCCAACCCAGCUGGAGCAGCGGCCCCUUCAUACAGCACGAGCCCCAGCCCACAGAGGUCUCCAACGGCACCAUGAAGAACUUCGACAAGGACAAGGCGUGGAAGGCAGUGGUGGUGCAGAUGGCACAGUGAAGAGAGAGGGAGGAGAGUCUGACUGGUUCUCAGAUUAGCCUCUUUCUGUGAAGCCCAGCCAACCCGAAGAAGCUGAAUGGUCCUGAACUCAACAUGGGUUUUACCCUGAACAGAUUAUAGCACUAUAGAAAUAUUACUCUACAUCAUAUUUAGCUGCUCACACAUAGCACCCCCUGCUUAUAACAACACAGUGAGGUUUCACUAACAUCUGUGGCUGAACCUGCAAUGCUGUAACAAUCAGCUGACUGUAUACAGUCCUUACCUUGGAGAUGUAAUAUAGUGAAAUAUAGAACUCAUUAUUUUUAUAUUCAGUAGUGAUAUAUUUACCAGUGCUUAUUUCUGUGCUUAUAAGACAGCAUUGUUUUGUCUAUGGUACAAUCUGUUGCUGUUCCAAUAAAGCCAUGUGUGUCUCUUUUC